AUGAAAGGCAUAGGGGAUGUAGAGCUCGCCAACGUGAGAGAGAAACAAAGACUAGAGGAAGUAAACAAGGCUAUGGAAAUGUCUAUUGCAAAGGUUCCUGGUGAUGAGAAGAUUUACGUCAGUGGAGUAUUUGCCCUCCGGCGGCCUCAAACACUCAAAGAGGCGGGCAUAACACACAUCGUCUCUGCGCUGCGGUUUAACUACAAGGAGACGAAAGGAUGGGAGAACUACACGCACUGCAAUGUCCAAAUCGACGAUAUGGACGAUGAGAACCUGAUCGAGCAUUUCCCGACGGUUGUCCAGUUUAUCAAAGAUGCGCUGGCAGGAGGCGGUGGUGUUCUGAUCCACUGCGCAAUGGGCAAAUCCCGCUCCGUAACCCUCGCCAUCGCCUACCUCCUCGCCACCCGCCCCUCCCUAACCCCCUACACAGCACUCUCCCUAAUCCGCCAAACCCGCCCCCACGCGGACCCCAACUCGGGCUUCAUGACGCAACUCGACCUCUGGAGGCGCUGCGGCUGCACCCCUGACCUUGAGUCCAGCCCUAUCUACCAGCGCUGGCUUUACGCCGCUGAAGUCGAGCUGAGCACCGCUAUCGGCCGCGCCCCGGACCGUCUGCGCUUCGAGGACGAGGAGAAAGUCAAGGCUGGAGUUACGGAAAGUUCUGAUGCGACGAAGGCGAUGCGCUGUAGGAGAUGCAGGACUUUGCUCGCGAAGGAUGAGUAUAUCGUUGAGCAUGACCCCAAGGCCCCCAAAGAGGAAGACAGCAUUUCCUCCACUGUAGCUCUUCCGCUCCCCAAUCCCGACGCCGCUGCGGCGUCGUCGAGCAGUGUGGCUUGUGGCCACUUCUUCCUGCAGGCGCUGUCGUGGAUGCGACUCGCGCUCGAGACGGGCGAGUUGGAAGGCCGCCUGCCGUGCCCGAAUCUGAAGUGCGAGGCGCUGGUGGGGAGGUGGAAUUGGAAGGGUUUGAAGUGUAGUUGUGGGGUGUGGGUUACGCCGGCAUUUGCGGUGCAGAAGGGACGUGUAGAUUUGUUGAGUCCGGCGGUGGAAAGAGGGAGAGGUGCACAGGCGGCUGGCGUCAGGAUGCCGCCGGGGAUGAGGGUGCCCCCGCCCAGGGGCGGGAAUUUAUAG